AUGCUGGCAGGACAGAUGAGAUCAUCUACGAGGCGAAGGCCAAGGAAACAAAGGCAAGGGUCUGAGGGCGGGUCUCAGGCAGUGCGCCACUAUCCUUCGGACCGCAGAGUCAAGCAGGAGGUUAGAGCGACCGCAAUGCGUGUAGCUGUUACGAUUCUAGCCAUGGCGGCCGGGUGCGCCGCCCUUCCGUCCUACAAGGGCGCCCCCAGGCUGCCUCAGCUCGCGCGGGGACACAGCUUCUUCCAGUCCAAUUCGGCGGCCUCAAGUUCCGCCUCGUCCUCGAGCCACGGCUCCUCCUCGAGCAGUUUCUCCUCCUCGGCUUCGGGAGUCAACUUCAACAACGAGGCGUCCAGCUCCGCCUCGUCCGCAGCCAGUAGUUCUUCCUCGUCUUCCUUUUCUGGGUCCUUCGGCGGCGCCCCUCGCGGCUUCCCGGGAAUGUUCGGCCUUAAACCUUCCUUCGCUAGUGCUUUUGCUUCUGCCAGUGCCUUUGGAGCCUUACCCACCUCCGGCACCCUUGGAUCUGCUCCAGGCACUCAAGGUUCCUCUGUUGGGCUGCUGUCUGGCACUCAGGGGACCAUCAGUGGUGCCAACUUAGGCUCCGUAAGAGGACUUCUGCUGAGCUACGGGCUUCCGCGUCAGACUGGUGCUCAAAGGCCCUUGUCUGUUGGAGGAUCCACUGUUGGAACUUCAGGGUCCUCGGCUGUCAGUUCGACAGGUCAUGGGUCCUCGACUGGUUCUCAGGGAUUCAUAACUGGCACUCAAGGAUCAUCAACUAGCUUCCCGUCUGGCACUCAAGGGCCAUCAGCCCGAUUCCCGUCUGGCACUCAAGGACCAUCGAAUGGUUUCCAGUCUGUCCCUCAAGGACCAUCUACUAGCUUCCCGUCUGGCACUCAAGGACCAUCGACUGGUGUCCCGACUGGCACUCAAGGACCAUCAGCUGGUUUCCCGUCUGGCACUCAAGGACCAUCAGCUGGUUUCCCGUCUGGCACUCAAGGACCAUCAGCUGGUGUCCCGUCUGGCACUCAAGGACCAUCAGCCCGAUUCCCGUCUGGCACUCAAGGGCCAUCAGCUGGUUUCCCGACUGGCACUCAAGGACCAUCAGCUGAUUUCCCGUCUGGCACUCAAGGACCAUCAGCUGGUUUCCCGUCUGGCACUCAAGGACCAUCAGCCCGAUUCCCGUCUGGCACUCAAGGGACCAUCAGCCUGGAUUCCCGACUGGCACUCAAGGACCAUCAGCCUGGUUCCCGUCUGGCACUCAAGGGCCAUCAGCUAGUGUCCCGAAUGGCACUCAAGGACCAUCAGCCCGAUUCCCGUCUGGCACUCAAGGACCAUCAGCUGGUUUCCCGUCUGGCACUCAAGGACCAUCAGCUGGUUUCCCGUCUGGCACUCAAGGACCAUCAGCCCGAUUCCCGUCUGGCACUCAAGGACCAUCAGCUGGUUUCCCGUCUGGCACUCAAGGACCAUCAGCUGGUUUCCCGUCUGGCACUCAAGGACCAUCAGCCCGAUUCCCGUCUGGCACUCAAGGACCAUCAGCUGGUUUCCCGUCUGGCACUCAAGGACCAUCAGCUGGUUUCCCGUCUGGCACUCAAGGACCAUCAGCUGGUUUCCCGUCUGGCACUCAAGGACCAUCAGCUGGUUUCCCGUCUGGCACUCAAGGGCCAUCAGCUGGUUUCCCGUCUGGCACUCAAGGACCAUCAGCCCGAUUCCCGUCUGGCACUCAAGGGACCAUCAGCUGGUUUCCCGACUGGCACUCAAGGACUAUCAGCCCGAUUCCCGUCUGGCACUCAAGGGCCAUCAGCUGGUGUCCCGACUGGCGCUCAAGGACCAUCAGCUGGUUUCCCGACUGGCACUCAAGGACCAUCAGCUGGUGUCCCGUCUGGCACUCAAGGACCAUCAGCCAGAUUCCCGUCUGGCACUCAAGGGCCAUCAGCUGGUUUCCCGACUGGCACUCAAGGACCAUCAGCUGGUUUCCCGUCUGGCACUCAAGGACCAUCAGCUGGUUUCCCGUCUGGCACUCAAGGACCAUCAAACGGAUUCCAGGCUGGCGCUCAAGGAUCUUCAAGCAGCAUUUACUCUGGAAGUCAAGGUUUCUCAAGUGGAUUCCAGUCAGGCACUCAGGGAUCCUCAGCUAGCUUCCACUCUGGCACUCAGGGAUCCUCAGCUGACUUCCACUCUGGCACUCAGGGAUCCUCAGCUGGCUUCCACUCUGGCACUCAGGGAUCCUCAACUGGCACUCAAGGAGCCUCAGUUGAUUUCCCGUCUGGCACUGAAAGAUCCUCAACUGGCAUUCAGAAAUCUCCAUCUGGGUCCCACUCCAGUUCCCAGGGAUCCUCAACUGGCACUCAAGAAUCCUCAACUGGUAUUCAGGGAUCCUCAGCUGGCACUCAAGGAUCCUCAGCUGGCAUUCAGAGAUCCUUAGCUGGCACUCAGGGAUCCUCAAGUGCUUUCCACUCUGGCUCUCAGGCAUCCUCAUCUGGCUUCCAGUCCAGCACUAACACUCAGGCAUCCUCAACUGGCUUCCAUUCAGGCUCCCAAGGCUCUUCAGCCGGAUUCGAGUCAGGCACUCAAGGAUCCUCAACUGGCACUCACUCUGGCACUCAAGGAUCCUCAACUGGUGUUCAUUCUGGCACUCAAGGAUCCUCAACUGGUGUUCAUUCUGGCACUCAAGGAUCCUCAACUGGCACUCACUCUGGCACUCAAGGAUCCUCAACUGGCACUCACUCUGGCACUCAAGGAUCCUCAACUGGCACUCGAGGAUCCUCAACUGGAACUCACACUGGCACUCAAGGAUCCUCAACCGCAUUCCACUCUGGCACUCAAGGAUCCUUAACUGGCACUCACUCUGGCACUCAAGGAUCCUCAACUGGUGUUCAUUCUGGCAUUCAAGGAUCCUCGACUGGCACUCACUCUAGCACUCAAGGAACAUCAUCUGGCUUCCAGUCCAGCUUCUCAACUGGCACUCAUGGAUCCUCAACCGGAUUCCAGUCAGGCUCUCAGAGAUCCUCAACUGGCACUCACUCUGGUACUCAGGGAUCCUCAACUGGCACUCAAGGAUCAUCAACUGGCACUCAGGGAUCCUCAACUGACACUCAAGGAUCCUCAACUGGCACUCAGGGAUCCUCAACUGGCACUCAAGGAUCCUCAACCGCAUUCCACUCUGGCACUCAGACAUCCUCCUCUGGCUUCCAGUCCGGCACCCAAGAAUCUUCAUCCAGCUUCCACUCUGGCUUCCAGGAAUCCUCCUCUGGCGUCCAGUUUGGCACGAAAGGAUCCUCAGGAGGCGCUCAGGAACUACCACAGGGCCAUGGUCUUCCUCAUCAGUAA